CUAUUGCAAACUCAUAAAAGGUAGUACAAUUACAACCUCCCGGUUUGCCAAUUUAUGUACUAGCUAUCACUCUCACACCCUCGCCCCUGAGCUAAAACAACCGAAUUUCAAUUCCAGACAAGUUUAGGGUUUAAUUAGCACCAAUGGCAUCUCAUUCUAAUAUCGAUGACGAUGAUGAUUUCGGUGGUGAUUUUCCAGGAGCCAACCCUACGAGGGUCUCAGGCACUAAGAGGGGAUUUGGGGAUCUUGAUGAUGAUGAAGAUGAUAUUUUUGGCUCCAAAAAGGCUAACAUAAAAGUAGAAGAAACUGCACCAGGUGUGACAACUGGGAUGAUUUUAUCCCUUCGUGAAAGUCUCCAAAGCUGUAACGAUAGUCUUGCAACAUGCCAAUCGGAGCUUGAAAUUGCAAAGUCAGAAGUUCAGAAGUGGCAUUCUGCAUUUCAGAAAGAAUCCUUCAUUCCAUCAGGCUCAUCUGUUGAACCUAGAAUUGUCAUCAAUUAUCUCCAGAACUUAAAAUCUUCCGAGGAAUCAGUGCGAGAACAGCUAGAAAAAGCAAAGAAAAAGGAAGCUGCAUUUAUAGUGACUAUUGCAAAACGAGAGCAGGAAAUAGCAGAUUUGAAGUCUGCAGUUCGGGAUUUAAGAUCACAACUCAAGCCUCUAGCAAUGCAGGCAAGAAGACUGUUACUUGAUCCUGCAAUUCAUGAGGAGUUUAUGCGUUUGAAGAAUUUGGUAGAGGAGAAGGAUAAAAAAGUGAAGGAGUUGCAGGAUAAUGUUGCUGCAGUCAACUUCACUCCACAAAGCAAAAUGGGGAAGAUGUUAAUGGCCAAGUGCAGGACCCUGCAGGAAGAGAAUGAGGAGAUUGGAAAUCAAGCCAAAGAAGGAAAGAUACAUGAGUUGUCGACAAAACUUGCUAUGCAGAAAUCUCAAAAUAUUGAACUCAGAAGCCAGUUUGAAGGAUUAUGCAAGCACUUGGAGGGACUUACAGACGACGUUGAAAAAUCAAAUGAAAUGGUGCUAAUAUUGGAAGAGAAGCUUGAAGAUAAAGAUGCUGAGAUCCAAAGACUAAGGCAGAAACUGCAGCAGCAAAAGGGCAUGGACAUGGUAGAGGAAAAAACUGUGGCUGAUAGUAAAGAUGUUGAUGAGAAUGACAAGGUCACAAUGUCAGUGGAAGCUUAAAAGUGUUUUUGGCAUAUUGAACGUGAAAAUAUUCAUAUGUGGUUUUGAGCUACUGAGCUGUACUAGUUUUGUAUUUGUGGUUUCAUUUAAUUAGAAUUUGCUUCUUCACAAGUGACAUGGAUGGUGCAUAUAGUUUCAGAAUUUGCAGUGAUCUUGAUGAAUUUAGAAAUCAUAUGAUCAUUA